AUGAUCAGACAAGAAUUCUCACGAGUUGACCCCAAGAGGCGCGCAGCUCUCGACCAUCGCAAAAAGCAAUUUGCGACUCCAGCUUUCCAGAAUGUAGAGUAUAAGCAUCGCCUGAACUUCUAUGCCACGCCUCCUACGGCCGAUAUCACGCUCGAGCAGUUUGAACAAUGGGCUAUUGAUCGUUUGCGAGUGCUCGCAGAACUCGAAGCCUGCUCUUUCAGAAACAAAUCCCCCGCCGAGACAGCAACGCACAUGAAGCCCCUCCUCGACAAAUACCUCCCUCUCUCCUCCUCAACCUCUGGGUCCACUGCCCUGCAAGCCGAGCGCCAGAAAGACCACUACAGUCACUUCAUCCUGCGCCUAGCUUUUGCUUCCACGGAGGAUUUGCGCAGGCGCUUUUCGCGAGUUGAGUCCAUGCUUUUUCGACUCAGGUUCCAGGCCGAUGAUGCGAGGGAACGGAUGGCGUUUGUGGAGGGCUUGAAUCUGGAGUGGGAGACUGUUAGUGACGAGGAGCGUAGGGAAUUUGCGGAAGAGUUGAGGGCUGCGGGGGGUGGCUAUCCGAAACGGAUUGAGGAAGAGAGUUACUUCAAAGUAGACUGGAUAAGGGUCCCCGAGCUAGUGGAGAGCAGGAGGGUAUUUUUAAAAGCUGGCAAGGCGUAUGUUCCUGGACGGGAACAGCUAUCUAUGGUGGUUGCGGAGUUUACGAGCAGGCUGGACAAGGCUUUAGAGUUGACAUCGCGAGCUCUACCUAGACUAGAUGAAGACGACCGUCUCACACCUAUCCUAACCCACCUCUCGCAAAACUUCACAACCCCCGACGCAAGCUACUCUUCCUCCGCUACCGCCCUCCCUGGCGCAGACAUCUCAGCCCGCAACAUCGACACCCUUUCCUCCUCCUUCCCUCUCUGCAUGCAGAACUUGCACCGUUCACUCCGCCGCGACGCGCAUCUCAAACAUUUCGGCCGUCUACAAUACACGUUAUUCCUCAAAGGCAUCGGCCUGAACCUCGAAGAAUGUUUGGUAUUCUGGCGUUCCAGCUUCAGCAAGAUCACCGAUGAUACGUUCAAUAAAGAAUACCGAUAUAAUGUCCGUCACACCUAUGGUGAUGUAGGAGGCGAUUCGAAUAGGAGGGGGGGUGGAUAUACUCCGUUUUCGUGCCAAAAGAUAUUAACGGAACAUCCGCCUGGACCUGGGGAAGCUCAUGGGUGUCCAUAUAGGCAUUUCAGUAUUGAUAAUUUGACGGCUUUGUUGCAAAACGUCGGUGUCAAAGAUCAGGAGGUGUUGAGAGGGGUGAAAGAGGAUAAGGAGAAAACGAAGUUUCAUUUGGCUUGUAAUAGGGUCUUUGAAUAUGUACACAAGCAAGAGAUCAAGAAAGUCAGAGAUGACGGUACAUGGGGCGCUUCACAGUUGGAGACGAUUGUCCAUCCGAAUGAGUACUUUAAAAGAAGUUAUAUGUUGAAGAAUAUGAGCAAGAGCCCAAUCGAGACGGAAGGAGAUGUCAAGAUGGAAGAUUGA